CUGCCAGACUAGAAGACAUCAAACAAGCCACGAUCAAUCUCUUGAGUGCGAAUGCGAACUCGGCGCGAUCGUCGACGAGAGGUUCACCAAACCUCGACGCACGGGCUGAGAAGAACCCUUCGCCUAAACCUAUCCUGGUUAAUAUAUCUGCACCACCAUCUAUGAGACAGCCCAAUGCCACGCCUGCGUAUGUACCGAAUGCGACGAAUGAUAUGGACGACGACGACGACACUGAUGGUAGGUUCGGUCGCG